UGCGUCGUCUGUUGCCCGGCAAAGAAACGCAGUCGGUAGAAGGCGCCUUGGUAAAAACUUACAGAUACUGCAGGAUGAAUUAAUUAUUUGAAUGCUGAGCAAGACCAAAAGGACAUCUUUUGACAUUUUGCUACGUAUAUCAUGUUGAGAUUGCAAUGUGUUCUGCAGUGAUUAUGUGUGCUGUUAGGCCAGACUGCUAAUGAAGGCUUGCAAUACAUGGUAGUAGCUCAAAAAAAGAAGGCCUUGGAAACUGGAACAAGUUUCUGAAACUAUGACAGUUCCUUUCAGCACUUUGUGCAGGAAGCUGUUGUAUUUGCUUCCUCAUUAUGGACGUUUUGGUUCUCUCUUAAAUCCUUACCAUCACCUGCUAAGACAGUACUCCUUUUUAAAGACUGAUCUGGUUACAGCUGCUGAUCUGGUCAGCUACUGGCAAGAUGUGUUUGAAGGAAAUGAGAUCCCUGAAGCACAGGCAUCUUCUGAGUAUAUUGUUUCCCAUGUCCUGGGAGCAAAAACAUUUCAGAAUUUGAGUACCAGCAGCCUCUCAACUCCCCUCUCAGCAAAACAACGGGAACAGGUCCAACAGCUGUGUGCAAAACGGCUACAGAGAAUGCCCAUCCAGUAUGUCCUUGGUGAAUGGGAUUUCCAGGAUCUGACACUCAAGAUGAAACCUCCAGUUUUUAUUCCUCGACCAGAGACUGAGGAACUAGUUUCCCUUGUUGUAGAUGAAGAAUACAAGAAGAAAUUGUCUUCAGCAUGUUGCAAGAGCAUCUGGCAGCCCCCAGAUACUUUUGGCCCUGUGCUUCUGGAGAUUGGCUGUGGAUCAGGAGCCAUUGUGCUGAGUCUCCUAAGAAAGCUGCCCCAAAGCCAGGCAAUAGCCAUAGAUAAAUUAGAAGCUGCUGUAAAUCUCACAAAAGAGAAUGCUGAAAGGUUACAUCUGCAAAAGAGAGUAAAAAUUCUUCACCAUGAUGUCUCCUCAAGUUCCUGGGAAUGUUUGCUGCCCUGGGGUUUGGUAGACAUUAUAAUCAGUAAUCCACCUUACAUCUUCCAUGAAGACAUGAGUCACUUGGCAGCAGAGAUCCUUCGCCAUGAGGACCUUGGCGCCCUGGAUGGAGGAAAUGAUGGGAUGAAUGUUAUCAAAGAAAUUCUGAAUCUCACCUCUUACAUCCUGAAAGAUUUUGGGAGUGUGUAUCUGGAAGUUGACCCCAGGCACCCAGAGAUGAUAAAGAACUGGCUGCACAGUCGUCCUGACUUAUCCCUCUUUGUGUCUUCCACUCACAAGGACAUUUGUGGAAAGCCAAGGUUCCUGCAUAUCCGAAAAUAUGGGAGAAGAAGCUACAAAAGGUCAUAAAUAGCUCUAACCUUCUGCUACUCCUAUCUUGCGGGAUGAGUCCCUCAUGUUCUAGAAUUCAGUACUGGAACAGGCCUUUGGCGCUUUGUUUCGCUAUCUGGGGCUUUUUAUCAGGGUAUAUUUUCAGACAGCCAUGAUAAAGAAGUUGUGUCUUACCUCAUCUGCAAAUGAUUGGCAUUUCAUUCUUGAGAUGACAGUUCCUUACCAGUAAUGGAUAACAUGAUCAUUGAAAAAUGUUUCUUGUGCAUUUGACCUAGCUGCAUCCAUUUGGGGGGGAUGACUUUUACCUACAAGUAGUUUGCAUCAGGAAGAAGUUCAGGACAUAAGUCUUCUAUAUUCAGCCGGACAGAACAUCCUACAUGAAUCCCACCCUGCCUGAUCCACAAAACUACGUGCCAGUACAAGCCUUACAAAAAUGAAUGUUAACAUGGGAUGGUAGGGAGAACUAAACUUUGCACUGACGAUUCUGGCUUUAAUAAGGGGAGGUGUGCAUAAGUGCAAACCCAAGAACAGGCUAUAUUAUAUUAUACUACAUGCUGUUAUGGAUUUAAAGUUCUUGAUGGAGUUUUGUCAAUUUCGGUUUAAAUUUUAUGAUGUAGUAAUUUAUAUUAAUAAUAUUGUACUUUUUUGCUAUUUGCUAUG